AUGUCCAAACCACAGGAGAAAAUCAUCCCUUGCAGGGAUUAUACUGCGGCGUCGUGGUCAGACUCUAUCAAACCCUCCACUACGAGUCGACGAAGACUCCUCAACGGCUUUGCAUACCCGAAGGCCGUCUUCCUCUUGGGUGCGACGGCUGUCGUUUCAGCCAGGGAACCGGAGCUCAUGCCAAAGUCCUACCUCUCCAACAUCGAACGAACCCACAAGCCCUACCCAUUCGCGCCCCUCCAGUCAGCGCCGAGCACCCAACAAACUCGUCAAGCGGCCUCCAUCACAACCUUCAAGCGCUCAUUUUCAAUUUGCGCACGCGCCUUCGCCCUCUUCAACAACAUUAUUUCUUUAAACUUUGAGCCCAGUCUUCUUGCGAAUACACCAUUGCUUCCUACUACCAGAGAAUCCUCUGUGGUUGAUAUAUCUUGGCAGCCCUAUUUAACUGCCACAUACGAUGUGAUACCGGACAGGCUGGCACGCAGGCUGUCAACUGCAACCAAGCCAAAAGAGCAUGGACUACGGCGAAUUCUCCCAUCUACGGAUACUAUUCCAGCUCUUCUUCUAGCAAAUUCAAUUACAAACAAGGAGUUUUCUACAGGGGCUAGUUCGCCGGAGACAACGCCUACCUCUCCAGUGCAGUUCCGUGAUCCGUUCAAGCCGAAUGAUACUUCCCGAACGUUAGACACAUCCCUUACACCAGAGGAAAAUCAUCGCCAGCCAUCCAUAUCAGUUUCACAUGACUCCGACUCACCAAUAUCAGCCCCAGACAAAGCGGAUUUUCACAAGCCCCUCAGUACGGCACCUGCCCGUCCUAAGAUGAGGGCAAUUUCGGCCUCUCUUCCCCCUUUUGCGAAAUCGGAAGGAGCCAUCUUGCUGUCGCCACGAUCGCGUGCAAGACGCAACAUCACAGACCCAAACAUCUUCCGCCGGCCUCUAAUUGCCUCGCGAGCCGAUGGAUUUAUAGUGCCUGGGUUCGUGGGUCCCAGCUGCAAAAAGGCUAUCUCAUCCUCUCGCGUCGAUAUUGGAUAUCUGCGAGAGACCGGGCAACGUCCACUUACUUCAGAUGGUGUGGCUUUGUCCGUCUUGCAGGGCCCAAUCCGUCAGCGGCCGAAACGACAUUCAAUUGCCGCAUCUGAUCCUGCCUCAACUGUUAUUGGCUCUGACGAUACUCGUAUUUUCACUUCGGGUGAGGAGGACGAGACCGAUUUCUUGAGCGACACCGCUUUCGAUUCGAUCCGCACACAUAUCACCACUAGCAGCAAUUCAGGCCUGCAUUCUCCUCGGGUAGAGACCAUCUUUGACAGAGAUCCACCACUCAGCAAUGCGGACGAAAGGUCCUUACAUGUCAAGCAAUUCGCCUCGCAUUAUACUUUCGCUUCUCAGCCGUUUGACGACAGUCACAAUCGUUCCAACCUUAUGCUAACAUCCGUUCCUGUCUCUCUCCCUAGCCCUCAGGGAAAAUAUAUGCAUGAAGAGGAAAGUAGAAUAUCAUUCCCAUCCGAUUUGACGGAUGAUGAAGACACCCAUAGCCUGGUAGCUGCAUUACCUGGAGAAUUGGUUAAACUGGACGAACAGUCGAAAUAUCCAAGAAUGUCUUUGAAUAACUUCGAGGGGGACUAUGCUAGCCGUGAUUUCUUGCUCGCUCAUGGCAGGUCAGAUAUUCCUCUCGAUUUAACGAAAUCCAAUUCGCGCAGCGUUACAAAUGAGAUGCUUGAAUCUUGCCCCAGGAUGAAUAUUUUUGACUGGUCUGAACAACCCAGGAGUGACCGCGAAGUUUCUGGGCCCGAUGGACGUCCCCGCACGGUCCAUGGAAAACAUGGGCCUGGGCUCCGAGGUAGUCGAGCACCGGGCCGCAAAGCACCAAAUACCUUGCAUCUUCGGAGCCAAAGCGUCCCGGUAUCGAGAGAGUAUCCAGCUACCAACGAGACACGGCAAACAUCAGGCAAGUUUGGCACUUGGGGGUUAGGCAGCAAGGGUGUUAGUGAAGACUGGGAUAGUGACUUCGAGUUUGAGGAUGCGGACGAGAGUACAAUCAGCGAGAGCAUACGGGCGAGCAAGAACGUUGCCCGGCGCAGCAUGGUAGUCCCUCAGGCUAUCAUGGAACGCCAAGCCAGUCUUCAUGGACAGUUUGGACAGGUUCAAGAGCUGACCCUGUUAGUUGAAGAACUCAAACGCCUUCGCCGUCAAGCUAGUUUCUUGAACAUUGUACGUGGACCAUCUAAUGAACUGUGGAAAGAAGCAGAGGGCUCCCCGUCCUCUCUCACCUUCAGUUUUGACGAUUCUGAGGAAGAAUCGGCCAAAACGAACGAACCCUUCAAACGAGCCAGUGGAGAGUCCUGGAGAGCUUCAUUCUCUGAGCCAUUAGGUCCAACCCAAAUCACUGCCGAUUCUGAUCACAAGGAAACCCCUGUCAAGGCAAAUUCGGUGCUAGAUUUGAUCUACCAGCAACGAAUAUCUCGCGAUUCAUCCUUCAUGGAUUGUCAACCCCCCAGGUCAAAAAAACUCCCCUUCGAUACACAGUCCCUUCGUGACCUCGUUAUCCGAGCCGGUGUUGUAACCCGUGCUCUCAAGGAAGUAAUUCGCAGGGCUGAGGGAGUCGCACCUGAGUCCGAUGAGAGCAUGCAUCAUUCUGUCCCUCCGUUCAGCCGGAUAUUCAGUCAAUCUUCUAAUGAUGAUGUUUCGACUUUUGAGAGGCACUGCAUUGCUUAA